AUGAUUUGGUCUCGAAAAAGCGUGGCGCUCGUCAUCGCCUUGUCGAGGCAUGUGCAGGCAAUUGUGAAUGGCACCAUUGCAGAGGAAGGCCAGUUUCCAUAUUCAGUUACUCUGUGGUCGUAUGGAAGGUAUGCGGCUUGUGGAGGCUUUCUCAUCACCCAUCAACACGUGCUUACAGCAGCGCAUUGCGUACAGCAUCUGGUAAACGUGAGCGAUGCCAACCCGCAAGCCAAGUCUGGGCUAGCUCUCGAUGGCUCCCCAUCGCGAGAUUUUGACACAAUUACGCUGCAUCCGGAUUAUACUCUUCACCCUCGAGCAAACGAUAUUGCUGUCGUGUGGCUCAAAGAACCAUUCCCGCCACAAAUCGAAGUUGCUCGGCUACCACUCCCACACACCCCUUUACCUGCCCCGGGCACACACGUACAAAUUGCUGGAUGGGGCUCACAUUAUUAUGAGGGUCCUCACUCCCCGGUUUUGAUGUAUGCGGACCAAGUUGUUGAGCCCACGGAUACAUGCGACGAAACGUGGGAGACAAUAGUGGAAGAGAAACUGACCUCACCUCACUUUUGUGCGGGUCCAGAAGAAGGCAUCAAAGGCGCUUGCUUAGGAGACGGUGGUGAUGCUGUUGUAGAAGACAACGGAGUUGUAUCGGGCUUGUUGUACUUCGCAAGCUGUAUAAAUCUACAAUUUGGUGUUCCAGGAGUCCAAGUACCAAUUAGCACGUACCUGCCGUUCAUUUUGCAAAGUAUUGGGAUGAACGUCGAUAAUUAUUACGAUAGGGCCCGGCUAGAGAAGUUCUUCAGCAAAAGGGACCUGUGA